AUGUCAGCUACUGAUGUCGCAUCUGAACUGAGAUCAGGCGCACCGGAGUAUGUUCCCACUUUCCUACGUUGUAAGCAGUCCGAAAAUGUUACGGCGUUUGAAUCACCUGUUGUCUUUCUUAUGUUCGGGUGCCGGGGUGCGGGAAAAAGUACUCAGUCCACGCUUCUUUCCAAAACAUAUAAUUUACUCUACCUGUCUUCUGGUGACAUAUACAAGAGUGGAAAGCAACCAUUUGUAGAGUUGCGCAAAAUAUUGAAUGAACACUUUGGCGAUGGUAAGGAAAGGGUUUACAAUGGCGUCGUGCUGGAUCGAUUCAUUGCAAACUCCGAGUUUGAAGCGUUCUACGUGCAGACAGCGCUGCGGUCGGUAGGACUUCCGGUUCCGUUUGUUUUCAUGCUGGCAAUCGAUCAAGGACUUGCAGCGAAACGGGCGGAGGAGCGUGGUGACAAUAAAGGUGGUAACCAGCGGUGGCGGGCUGUGGAACAAAAGGCACAGGCAAUCACUGCCAAUACCGUAUAUGCCCCGAUUCAGUGCCUCAAAACCAUCCGUGUGGAAAGUGACAUGACAAUCGAUGAUGUGUUCAAUGAGAUCAAGACAACCAUUGCGAAUCAACUUCCUCCAGAUCUUUUCAACCUUCAACUUCCUCGCGAAGCACGGCGAGAGGUGGAAGGGACGGUAUUGGUUGAAGACUAUGAGCUAUAUAUGGAGCUCGCAAACGAUGUGCACACCGUCGUUGGAAACCUCCGCGGCCGCCGUGACAGCGCUCCACUCUCCAACGUGGGGGCUCAUUUGGAUAAGGAAUAUUUUUCCUUCGCCAAUAAGAGACUCCGCUCACAGCUCACAACAAUGCAUGUGACACUAAAGGCAGACGGCUUACGAUUCCUAGUGAUGAAGCAUAAGACGCGUGGUUACAUUGGCUUUCCCUCAGCUUUUACGCAUUGCUACGAGCUCAAUGAUCUCUUCGAAGGUGUAGAGAUGGCCCCAAAACCCUACACGGAACUUAAGAAAUGGAUGAAUGAUAAAUCAUGUGAACUCCCAGCAGAUUUUCUUCUCGACACGGAGGUUGUUGUGCACGAGAAGAAGCCAACAUUGUACAUUAUUGACUUUAUUUACUUCUGGGGUCUGGAUGGAAGGCGGAUGCAGUUCGAGCAGCGACUAAAGGUAUUGCGAGAAUACUUUGGAGAUAUGAAGCCACAGGGUCAGGUUAUUGCAAUGAAGGAUUACGUGCCCAUAAACAAGAUACGAACUCUGGUGGAGGAGAUGAAGAGGAGAACUGAGCUUCCAGUUGAUGGUUUAAUAUUCCAGCACAAUGGCUCGUACAGAUUUGGGUCCGACAAGUUUCUAAUCAAAUGGAAGCCCGUGCAUUUGUGCACUGUCGACUUUCGUCUAGCCAACGGAAGGGUGGAAAAUGGUGUUUGGACGUUUGACCUUUUUGUUACAGACGACUUCAUUGAAGAGAACGGAUUUAGAGAAGUUGCUUACCCUGGCGCUACGGCAUUAAUACCGGCAUCAGUGGUUGAGGAAAAUGGCUUGCAGAACGGAAUGAUUAUUGAAAUGGCUCUUUCUGAAAAGGAAUCCGUGAAAAAAACGUCACCAAAUGCACCUUCUGAGAAAACAAGAUGGACCUUUCGGAAUGCGCGCAAUGACAAACCGUCCCCAAAUAAGUACAGUAUAGUGACCAGGAUUUGUGAACUUAUGCACGUUGAUCUAGACGAGCUCGUGAGCUUGUGCGAGAAAGUUCCCUUUUACAGAAAUGUGUGA